AUGAGUUUUCGGGGGCCUAAUUACAGAGGCGACGCCAUCGGCGGAAAGGCGGCCGCGUUCGUCGCCAUUUACAUCACGACCGCGUUCCUGUCUGAGAUCGUGAGCAAUAACGCGGCCGGCGCGCUUACGUACCCCAUUGCCGCUCGGCUUGGGGACGCGCUCGGUGUCGUGCCAUCUCCCGGCGACUACCGUUUCCUUAAGUUCGCCAAGUUCGGCCUCCCCUGCCAGCUGUUCAUGAUCGUUUCUGUAAUUAUCAUCUUCGUCCUAGAGGAGACGAUCUGGGUGUCGAUUUUUAUCGCAAUUGCGCUUUUCGCGGCGAUUCUCGCGGGUCCUUUGCUCUGGGUUGUUCUCCCUGAGUCUACGAAGGAUUGGCUCCGCUUCUGGGGGCCCAAAGCGAAGGCUCAAUAUGUGAAGGCGCCGGAGCUGACGAACGGAAAGAUUGUUGACUAG